AUGACUCCCACACAUCACGAUGUUACCGCCCCUUUGAACUCAGCCAACCAAGAGGUGUCUUGUUAUAUUGACUACAACGUUUCCAUCCCUGCGCAAAACCUCUGGAAAGUGGAGAUAAUAAAUCCAGACAGCAGUGACGUUUGGAAGACGAUCCACUCUCAAGUUCGAUUGAUUCAUGUCAAUACUUCACAGGCAGUAAAGAUUUCAGGUAUGCAGUUACCGGAUUGGGGAUUUUACCAACUUGAGGUGUGCACAGAUAAAUCCAUAAAGCAGACAAACACGAUCUGGAAUGUCGAGGAACAUCAACAAAAUAUUACUUAUCCCGAAGGUCAAGGUCCAUUACAAGUCGAGAUGAAAAUAGACCAGACGGAAAAGGCAUUUAAACCUAUGCCUUUCCUUUCAAAAUUUUGGGAGAUCCAGCCUAAGAUGCUAGAAUCCACCAAGGAGCUCUCUGCUGAGCACACGUUCGGAUCGCGUCCUUCAUGGUGGCCUCUGAUGAGAAGAGGAGUCGCGUUUUGGAUUGCCAGAGACACUAAUGCGCAAAUAUUCUGCAUUGGCAACCCUUUUGUAUGGUGGGCAACCACUCUUUCCCUUCCUGCGUAUUUCGAACUUCUAAUUUUUUAUUUAUUGAGGAGAAGAAGAAAGGUGCACGACUUGUCACGCUGUGCGUGGGAGAGAUACGUGUUCUGCGGUGAAGCGGUGGUUGUAGGAUAUCUUCUUCACUUCAUGACGUUCUUCCCUAUGGAGAGAACAUUUUUUAUUCAUCACUACCUCCCCGCCCUGUUCUAUAAAAUAAUUCUUCUCCCAGUGAUGUUGCAACACGUUCAUGAUGAGAUCUUUAGGUAA